GCCCUUGCUUGGAAAGCAUCCAUGUCGUUUCGAUCCGCAUCUAGCUGCCUCAAGCUCGCGUCCCGUCGUCUCGCUCGACCACCAGCAUAUAGGCCAUCCAUCCUACUACCAACGCGGUCUUUUUCUUCGACUCAAUGCCGUCGCGCUGCCUUUGCUGAGCUGCCACCUUCGCAGCCUACAAAGCUGUUGUCUACACCAUCGAAGGAAUAUCUCGAAGAAGAAGAGAUAGAUGUCGAGCUCCCCGCAGACAAUGAUAUACGGAUUGUCGUAACGGACCGGGCAGCGGAGAAAUUGCGUGCAAUCGCUAAACGUGAAGGGAAUCCAGAAGCUGCCCUUCGAAUAGCUGUAGAAUCUGGUGGUUGCCAUGGCUAUCAAUACAGGAUGGAUUUGGCAAAACACCAGUCCCCAGAUGAUUACCUAUUCUCCCAUCCCACAAUCUCACCCUCUAAUAUACUAGUGGAUGCUGUCUCGCUGACCCUUCUCAAUGGAUCCACAAUCGACUUUGCGACUGAACUUAUUGGAAGCAGUUUCAGAGUGGCAGAAAACCCGCAUGCUAAAGGAAGUGGAUGCGGGUGUGGUGUUAGCUGGGAACUCAAGACAUAACGACCGUGCACUACUUACCAGUCUGGUCAAUAUAGCAACUCUUGCUAGGACCGUAUUUUGUUUGCUAUGCGCGUGAGAAUCAGCAAGCCUCCCAAGUUACUUCUUCAAAGCGUUUCAAAGGCCUCGCAGAAAUUCACUUGAUUUUAUGUACAAUCAUCAUUUUUCGAAAUAGCAAUAAAUAAAUAACAAUAGAUACAUUGAUACGACAUUAUCUAGUGAAGGUCUCCACCUCUUUCGUUAUAUAAAGACC